UUCAUGAAGAAAGAGAUCUUAGAGUAUGAGAUAGGGAAAAGACAUCUGGCUAAUAUAAUGGGCGAAGAUCCAGAAUCUUUUACCCAAGCAGAUAUAAAUAGAUCAAUCCAAUAUCUAUUUCCAUCGGGACUAUUUGAACGUAAAGCUCGGCCAAUAAUGGAACAUCCAGAAAAGAUUUUUCCAAACAGGAAAGCAGCAGAAUUUGAUGAAACUGGAAAACCCUUCCAUUCUAUGUUUUAUACCUCAAAGCCAAAUUAUUAUGAGACACUAUAUAAUAUUAUUGAUAAUAUCAAGUCUCUAAAUGAUAUUGAAGAUUCAUUAAUAAAGCAAGGAACAUUGCCUAUGGACAAAAUCGAUCUAAUAGGUGUGUCGUGGUUGUCAAAGAAAAAUAUUGAAAAACUAUUUCUUGAAAAUAUUAACGAUAUUGAGUACAAUUAUUUUAUUGCGUCAUUAGAACGACUAUGUGAUCAUCCACUAUCAAGACGUGCAGUAGAUUUCAUUUUUAAAUAUUGUAGAAGACGUAUCCAAUCUAAGGAGAUAGUAGUAUUACCCUUGGAACAUGACAGCACAGGAAGGCCAUAUGUCACAGUCAAAAAUUGCAUGAGGAAGUCUGCAAGAGGUGAAGUAACAAUUUGGGGUAAUGGCUCUGGUAAGAUUGUCAUUAAUGGACACGACAUCGCAUACUUUGAAGAUUUUCAGCAUCGCCAACAGGCGUAAUAAUGUGCUUAUUCAAGAAACCUAAAGC